CGCAGAAAUCUUAAUUCCAUAGAAGAUAUGAGACAAGAAAUAUGGGCGACUUUAUUUCACAAGAUUUCCACGGACAGCGAACCGCAGCACGACCGUUGCCCAGUCGGAGAAAACUCUUGGUGCUCUUGGCAGCAGGCGAAAGCGCACAAUGAAUUACAUGAGUACCAACACAAACCAGCUUUGAAUAGUGAAGUUUUUAAAGCUAUUCAGCCAAUUUACGAAGAACUGAGUCGAGACGAAUUGCUGUCCCGCUGUGUUGGCGGGUUUACCCAAAACAGCAACGAGAGCUUUAAUUCUGUGCUGUGGGCAAUAGCACCAAAAACUGUUCAUAGCAGCAAAGCAAUCGUUGAUAUUGCCGCAAAUAUUGCUGUUUGCAAUUUUAACGAUGGUUUGCACAGCAUAAUGGAAAUUAUGCAAGUAUUAGAUUUAAUAAUUGGAUCUACUUGCUACAAUUUCUGCGUUGAAACAGACGAACGCCGGAUCCGCGCAGCUGAACGCGCCAUGACUAAGGAAGCUCAAGAAGCUCGUAGGCAGCAGACAUCAGCUCGGAAGGCCGCAGAUGACGAGUAUAUGAAUGUAGAAGGUCAACUGUAUGGUGCAGGCAUUGCAGAUUAACGUCAGCCGGAAUCCUGCACACCGAUUAGACCGGCAUAGCGCAAAGGGUCAUCUUUGGCGCCAUCUACAGGACGCUCUUUAAAGUAUUUUCUAAUAAAAAAAAUAUAUUUUAUAACUAGAAACUAUAAUAAAAUCAACCCUCAAACCCGUUUUUUGAUUACUCUAUUCCUUAGAUGUGAAAAAAAUUAAUGAAAAAGAGGAAAAAUUUCUUACGCAAAGGUGUUAUAC